CCCGAGCGCCCUGUUAUAACCGCCCACUGCUUCUUUGUCAAACACUACCCACUCAUCUUCUUUCUAAUUCCAACAAACCAGCAAACAUGUCCGGACGUGGCAAGGGCGGCAAGGGCCUGGGCAAGGGCGGCGCCAAGCGCCAUCGCAAGGUGCUUCGCGACAACAUCCAGGGCAUUACCAAGCCCGCUAUCCGCCGUCUGGCUCGCCGUGGCGGUGUGAAGCGUAUCAGCGGCCUUAUCUACGAGGAGACCCGCACAGUGCUCAAGACCUUCCUGGAGAACGUCAUCCGCGACUCGGUCACCUACACCGAGCACGCUCGCCGCAAGACCGUGACCGCCAUGGACGUGGUCUAUGCGCUCAAGCGCCAGGGCCGCACCCUGUACGGCUUCGGUGGCUAAGCGGCUCCUACAUCCGUGCGCACAUCGCAUUCACCCCGUCCUCCCUUUUCUGGGGGAAGCGGGGCCUGUGCGGCGUGCCAGGCCCUCCAAACAAACUCGGUGUUUCCCAACACCACCCUCAAACCUCGGGCUUGUGCUCCUUCGCAUGUGCACCAGGUGCACAGUGUCCCCACUACCUCCCAGUUCUCCCGUCCUGAACCCCAAGUUCCCCCGUCCCCUCUCGGUGCCCUGCAAGCCAGCCAGCUCCUGAGACCUUUUCACUGUGCAUGUUCUGCCUGAGCCAAAGACAGGGCGACGCCAACUCUUCGACGAACAUGCGGUACGCGCUGAUGGAGAUGCUGCUUGGUAGAGCGCGGCCUGCGGCCCUGCGCCGCGGUGAUAGCGGCGAUGUGGUGGGGGAGGGCCUGGCACCAGCAGCAGCAGCGGCACAGGGCCUGGCGGCAGCGACCCUGGGCCCAGCUGUUGCGGCGUGCAGGCGCGUAGCGGAGGGGGCGAGCAAGGCCACGUGGAGGACAGCGCGGCGGCGCCCUAGAAGCAUCGCCGGCGCGCAGGUUGAGGCCGGCCGGUGUCUGGUUAGGGUCUUUGCUGGCGAGCAUAGCACUGUGCAGUAUGUGGUAGGCCGAAGCAGUGAGGAGCGUUGUGGAUAGAGGAUUUCCUGCUGUUUGGUUGAUUACUGGCUGUGCUUGUGCUUGGCAGCGGGACGUGGCUGGACGCAUGGCGGGCCGUGCCUGUACAAAC